AUGACUACAGCACAUCGCCCUACCUUUGAUCCUGCUCGAGGUAAGGAAGCGCAGCGGGGUGUCGCCUAUCAUCAACGUCUACUUCCAGCCCAUACACUACUCAAGACUCGAAAACUCGGGCAGGGCGGUGAUGCCGACAACCAACCUCGAGACCUUCGAGCUGAGCUUCUUGCAGCUGAAGCAGCUAAUCAGGCCAAGAAACAUGGAAGACAGACCGACGAGACAGCCAAUGCAGGCGCUACUUCGAAACGCCCACUUCAGCUCGAAGAAGGGCGAGACAAUCCAGAGGACGAAGAUCCCGAGGCCAAACGGAGGCGCAUCCUAGAGGAGACACGAGAUAUUGACGCAGAUUCAGAUGGCGCGGACAGUGAUAGUAGCGAGGAGGAAAGCGAUGAGGAAGAUGAAACCGCUGAAUUGAUGCGCGAGCUGGAGAAGAUCAAACGAGAGAGAGCUGAGCAGAAAGCUAAAGAGGAAGCUGCGAAGGCUGUCAAAGAGGAAGAGGAACGAGAAGAGGGUAUAGCCUUAGGAAACCCGCUACUGAACCCCAAAGCAUUCAACGUGAAGAGGCGCUGGGACGACGAUGUGAUAUUCAAGAAUCAGGCACGUGGUACGGAGCAAAAAGGAAAGAAAGAAUUCGUCAAUGUCAGAUCUACUACGGUCGGACUUCCACAAAAGAUUCAUGUCCAAAUACGUGCGUUGAUAACUUCGAUCAAGCUAGAGCUAUCAGAAAAGUAUCGCUUCAUUGACAUAGCUAUCAAUGAUUAUCACCGAUCGAUAUCCGAGCAUCACACUCCAAUUGGCAUUGCAGAGACCGAAACACUAUAUUCCCAUACCGGCAAGAGGUACGCACAGGCUCUACUGAUGGUUGACGGCCAACAUGCUCCAUUAUCAUUAUCGGUGCUGGGCAGGGGCAGCCUCAGGUCGAAGUUCUGGCCGUUCGUAGGAAGCUGGAGAGCGGAUAAAGCAACGCAAGUUAAGGAGCCCGCCAGGAACCUGAGAGCUGCCCCUGCUCGUCUUGCUUCGAUACUAGUAGACACCAAUGGCGUGCCUCUAAUACUAAGCACCUUAGCACGCACAUGGUCAGCGAGCUAUCUGGAGCCAAAGAUAAUGAAGUCAACCACUCGAGAAAUGAUCCGAUAUCUCGUUCUCGAUCCCGAAUCUUUCUUAGCUGGAUACAUCUGUCCACCUACGUCACUUGCCAUGGAGCUGGCAGGAGCAGAUGCCAUCUACCGAUUGCUUGCGCAUAGCACUGGAUCAAGGCGAGUACAUGAAGCACUAACAGACACAGCUGAAAGCACCAUCCGGCAGUUCAGAGUUGAUUUGAUGUGA